AUGCUGGGCACAAAACGGUUUCAACAUGUGAUUGAGACCCCAGAGCCUGGCAAGUGGGAGUUGUCUGGGUAUGAGGCAGCCCUGCCAAUCACAGAGAAGUCAAACCCACUGACCCAGGACCUGGACAGAGCAGAUGCUGAACAAAUUGUUCAAUUGCUGGGGCAAUGUGAUGCUGAGAUCUUCCAGGAGAAGGGGCAAGUCAUGCCCACAUACCAGCGACUGUAUAGUGAAUCAAUUCUGACCACCAUGGUACAAGUGGCUGGAAAAGUUCAGGAAGUGCUGAAGGAGCCUGAGGGGGGGGGGCUGGUGGUGCUGAGUGGAGGGGGCAUCUCUGGCAGGAUGGCAUUCUUCAUGUCAAUAAUUGCUCCUUUGCUUUGUCAGAAAGGUUUAGGACAGAAACCUCUUUAUACCUACCUCAUUGCAGGAGGUGACAGGUCUGUGGUGGCAUCUAGGGAGGGGACAGAAGAUAGUGCUCUGCACAGGAUUGAGGAACUAAAGAAUGUGGCUGCUGGGAAGAAGAGGGUGAUUGUCACUGGCAUUUCGGUGAGACUCUUUGCUCCCUUUGUGGCUGGCCAGAUGGACUACUGCAUGGAUAACCCAACCAUCUUCUUGCCAGUCCUGGUCGGUUUCAACCCCGUGAACAUGGCCAGAAAUGACCCCAUUGAAGACUGGCGUUCGACAUUCUGACAAGUAGCAGAACAGAUGCAGAAACUGCAAGAGAAACAGGAAGCUUUUGUGCUCAAUCCUGCAAUUGGGCCCCCGGACCUCAGUGGCUCAUCAUGGAUGAAAGGUGGAAACGCUACCAAGAUCCUGUUGGAAACCCUGUUACUGGCAGCGCACAAGACUGUGGACCGGGGGGCAUUCCUUUCUCCCAGAUGCCUUCUGGAAAUCCUGCGGACAUUUGAGCGGGCUCAUCAGGUGACCUAUAGCCAAAGCCCUAAGAGCGCCACCCUUAUGAAGCAAGCCAGCACCAGCCUGGAGAAAAAAGGCUGAGUGUACCUGGUUGGUUGGCAGACCCUUGGCAUCAUUGCCAUCAUGGAUGGAGUGGAGUGUAUCCACACCUUUGGUGCUGAUUUCCGAGAUGUCCGUGGCUUUCUCAUUGGUGAUCACAGUGAUAUGUUUAACCAGAAGGCUGAGCUCAUCAACCAGGGUCCCCAGUUCUCCUUCUCCCAGGAGGACUUCCUGACUUCCAUCUUGCCAUCCCUCACAGAAAUUGACACUGUGGUCUUCAUUUUUACCCUGGAUGACAACCUCAUGGAGGUGCAGAUGCUGGUGGAGCAGGUGAAAGAGAAGACUGCCAACCUCCAGGCCUUGGCACAUAGCACUGUGGGGCAGUCCCUGCCGACCCCUCUGAAGAAACUCUUCCCCUCCAUCAUCAGUAUCAUGUGGCCACUGCUUUUCUUCGAAUAUGAAGGGCACUUUAUCCAGGUAUGGAGCAUGAGAAAGUAUUAUCUAUAGAAAAGAACUCAGAGGAGGAGGGAUUCCAGAAAUUAGAAAACUCAAGGCUAGUGGGUAGAAAGCUUUGUUGGACUUCCACAAAGCCAGCUGGGCAAGUUCUUGGGCUACCAGGUCACUGGUCAGAGUUUCCAAGGCAGUGGCUCAGUUUUCUCCAGAAAUAUGCAAAAAAGAAAAAUGCAAAAAAGGCCAGACCACCAAUCACUUGACAGAUACUCAUUGGCCCUUUGUUACAGGUUCACUGUCAAUACCAUAGUCAUCCUCACUAUACAAAAGUCUUU